AUGUCUCCUGCCAAAGGCCUGCGUCGCCUCUCCCUCUGCCCCAAGGGCCCCGUAGCUGCUAUCCCCUUUGGGGACCUGCUGGAGAAAGUGGGCAGCAUGGGCCCCUUCCAGUUCUUUUCCGUCCUGCUGCUCACCUUGCCAGUCCUGCUCCUCGCCAGUCACAACCUGGUGCAGAACUUCAGCGCCGCCUCCCCGGAGCACCGAUGUCGCCUGCCGUCGCCGGCCAACACCUCCCAUCAUGGUCACCCUCUCCUUCUGGACCAGAGCGUUUGGCCAGACAGAUGCCACCGCUUUGCCGUCAGGCUGGCCCUUGACGCCAAUGGCUCCCUGAGCCAGGAUAGGGACCCUGAGCUGGAGCCAUGCCAGGAUGGCUGGCAGUAUGACCGCAGCACCUUCACCUCCACCAUCGUCACUGAGGUAUGAAUAACAUUAACACCUUCCUCCAAAGAGGCAGGGUAACACACCUGGCUUCUCCCCACUUUUUAUGCUCACAACAGCCCUCUGAGGUAAGUUAAGUGGAGAGAGAGGAUGGCUCAAGUGAGCGUCAUGGUUCCAUGGGGAUUUGAAACCAAUGGGAGAGUUAGUGGUGGUGUGGUGGUUAGAGUGCCAUGCUAGGACCUGGGAAAGAUCAGGGUUCAAAUCCCCACUUGGCCGUGAAGCUCACCGGGUGACUUCAGGCCAGUCCCUGCCCUUCAGCCUAACCUACCUCAGAGGGAGGUUGUUGCAAGGAUUAAAUGAGGACAAAAUGGGGAGGAGAAGUAUGUGGGCCACUUUGAGCUCCUUAAACAAUAUGGGAUAGAAUCAGAGAGUUGGGACCCUGAGGGUCAUCUAGUCCAACCCACUGCAAUGCAGGAAUUUCGACAUGCAGCUCCCUAUCCAAUUUGAAACCAUACCGGACCCUGCUUAGCUUUGCGAAUAGGAUAGUGGUUUUAUUGCUGUGCCACUAUAUAAAUAAAUAGCCCCAGGCCUCCCUGUCUCUAACCCAACACUCACUUUGGACCCCCAGGCAAAACCCAGUUCCAAAUGACAAAUAUGGGUGGCCUCAAAACAUGUCACAGGGAGACUGCAGGGAGGGUGACAACAGACAAGGAGGGAAGGCUAUCAGAUGCCAAGGCAGCCUGGCAGCCCAUCUUGGAGGCAGCUUUGAAAUGACCCAGGAGGCGAUGCACUUGUUUACCCUGGCCUUUGACACCAGUGUUUUGUUUGUUUUAUUUCAUUUUUAUCCCACAAUUUUUAACCAAAGAGCUCAAAUUGGCAAUCGGAGGUCCCCUCCCCUCAUUUAAUCCCCCACAACAGCAACCCUGUGAGCUAGGUGUCUGCCUUCCAUCAGGGUCACACACUCAGUAAACUUCACAGCCCAAGUGGGGAUUUGAACCCCUGUCUCUCCCAAGUCCUAGUCCAACAUUCUAACCACUACACCACCCUGCCUUCAGGACCCACCCUAUUACAGUAUUGUGAAUGCAAUGUGCUUUAACUGUUUUUCAUUCUGAGUUUUAAAUUGUUGCAACCCUCUCUGGGACUUGGUGAAGGGCAAAUAAUAAUAAUAAUAAUAGGUACUUGAGUGGGGUUCCCCUCCCCCAGUCUCUACCCACUCCCCUCCAUUGCAUGCUGCCCACAAGGACCAGUUUGACACCUCAUGUUUCUCCCCCUCCCCGAAGGCUGCCUCACUAAAUCUGUCUCCCUCUCUCUUCCCUGCAGUGGGAUCUGGUCUGUCACCUACAACCCCUCAAGAGCCUGGCUCAGUCCCUCUUCAUGGGAGGGGUCCUGGUGGGAGCCUUCAUCUUUGGAGACCUCUCCGACAGGUAAGAAGCCAGCCUGCUUGCCUCACCUUGUUCUUCAACUGGGUGGUCCCAUCUCCCUCAAAAACCCUAACCUCUCCUUCUGGAUCUGUCAGCUUGAAUAAUCAUAACACACACACACAAAAUCCUUACCUCUCCUGGACUCAAAGAGGCCAUUCAGCUGACGGUCAACAGCUCCUAGCCACAACGGCUAUUCUCUGCCUCCACCGUGGAGGCAGCAGUGCUUCUGAAUCCCAGUUGCUGGAAACAGCAGGAGGGGAGAGUUGCUCCUGUGUUCGAAUCCUGAUUGAGGUUUUUCCAGUGAGGCCACUGGUCAGAUCCAUCAGGUUCUUCUUGUGUUCCUACAAGUCUCUCUCUCUCCCAGACAUUGGCCCUUGCUCCCCAUAACACUCCAAAUCACAAUCUGUGUCAGAGGUGGGGAACUGGUGUGUUUCUGGACUGCAGGUCCCAUUGUUGUUCUCUGUGGGUCUGGGGCUGGUGGGAGCUGGGGUGCAGGCACACCCAGAGGGCCACAGGCUCCCUAGUGGCAUCAAUAACCCAGCAAUGGGAAUCCUGCAGCCUUGCUCGAUGGGCCUGUAAUUGAUUCACAAGCCUCACUUAAUCAUUACUGUAUUAGGUUGACAGGAAGAGCAGAACAACGCGAGACCUGCAACUGGGUCAUUUAAGGCCAAAGGCCUAUCUAGUCCCACAUGCUGCUCCCACCAGGGCCAGUCAGGUGCCUUAGGGAGUGUGAUCCACAGGGCCGGCCCAAGAAAUGAUGCUGCCUAAGACCAGGGACAAGAUGGCUCCUCCUCUUCUUCCAGGAACAAAAGCUAAGCAGGUUGCCAGCUGCCAGUCAACUUCCUCCAGUAUACCAGAGGGCUGGUGACAACGACCAUGUUCACACACCAUGCCUAUAAAGAGCUAUCCUGCCACUUUGAACAGUUAUGGCUUCCCCCAGAGAAUUAUGGGAGCUGUGGUUGGCUAAGGGUGCUGAGAGUUGCUAGGAAACCUCUACUCCCCUCUCAGAACUACAAUUCCCAGAGUCCGCCGUGAAGAGGGAUUGGAUGUUAAAACCACUCUGGGAACUGUAGUUCUGUGAGGGGGAUGGUGGUGGGGUUUCUUCCUGUCAGCAGCAACCUGUCAGCACCCUUCGCAAACUGCAGCUCCCAGGAUUCUUUGGGGGUAGUAGCCCUGACUGCUUAAAAGUGACACAACAGUGCUUUAAAUGUAUGCUAUGGAUGUGGCCUAGCUUCAGGGUUCAGAACAGGCAUACAGUGGUACCUUGGGUUACAUACGCUUCAGGUUACAGACUCUGCUAACCCAGAAAUAGUGCUUCAGGUUAAGAACUUUGCUUCAGGAUAAGAACAGAAAUCGGGCUUCGGUGGCGCGGCAGCAGCAGAAAGCCCCAUUAGCUAAAGUGGUGCUUCAGAUUAAGAACAGUUUCAGGUUAAGAAUGGACCUCCGGAACGAAUUAAGUACUUAACCCGAGGUACCACUGUAUACUGCUCUGCCCACUCCCCCCCCCCAAGUAUGGACCACCUGAGGCAGCAGGGCUCUUCUUAAUGCUGAACUGUGUUUACUUGAAAAUGGAAGUGGAAGGUACCAAUUCCACAGCCUAUGCCAGAGGAGGAGAGGGGAGGACCGAGCACACAAGGCCAGUCACAACCCAUCCCUCAUAGUCAUACGAACCCUCCUAAUAUUAUUUAUUUAUUGAGAGUAUUUAUACCCCACUGUUCAGCCAAAAAGGCUCCCAGAGUGGCUUACAUGCUACUGUUUAAAUGCAAUCAGUCUCUGCUCUGGCAGGCUUACAAUAAAUAAAAAAAGACAGGGCACACAAGGGAAGGGGGAAAGGGAGGGAAGAGGAAAAAAUCAAGCUCAGGCACCGUUGUUCUUCUAAUGACCAGCUAGAACAGUUCAGCAACUUCCCACAUGCUGCCUACAAGGCAUUUCUCAGAGCUGACCAUUGACAUCUAUGCUGUACAGGUUUGGGCGCCGUCUGAUCCUCAUCUGGUCGCUGCUGCUGGUCGCUGUCACGGGAACAGGGGCUGCCUUCUCUGCCACCUUUGCCACCUACUGCAUCUUCCGCUUCCUAAGCGGCGUGGGCAUCUCUGGCUUCCUGCUGAACUACGUCUGCCUCAGUGAGUGCCACUGGUUGUGCCCUGGAGACAACCUGGGAUGAUGGUGGAGGGGAUGGAGAACAACAACACCCUCCCUGCUCUGAGGAAAAGGCCUUUGCUGAAACUGGUCUUUGCUUCAGGGGUGGGGGAAAUCUCCCAUGGGUGCCCCUGGCAUUUCCCCAUUUCUCUCUCCACAGCUGCUCAGCUCUCUGGGGUCAAGGGCAGAGGAAGGUCUUCUCCAUUACUUUUGUCACCUGAUACUUUUAUUAAAUGUCAGGGAUUGAAACUGAGGCCUUGCCUGUGCAGAGCAAUUGCCGCUUCCCAUAAUGUUUGUCCAUCUUGAGAUAGCCAGUGUGGUGUAGUCAUUAGAGUGUCAGACUAAAACCUGGGAGACCUGGGUUCAAAUCCUCACUCAGCCAUGAAGCUCACUGGGUGUGACUUUGGGGGCCACUCACUGCUUCUCUCAUCCCAACCUACCUUGCAGUGCUGUUGUGGGGAUUAAAUGAGGAGAGGGAGAACAGUGUGUACCACCUUGAGCUUUGAUAACAACAACAACAAGAACAAAUUUGUAGACACCCUUUACCCUCAGGUCUCAGGGCAUCUUACAAGAUAAAAUCACAAUAUAAAAACACAAAAUACAUAAUCAAAAUAAAAACAAAAACCCAAUAACCCCCCAACACAUUUUAAAAGGGCAUUGGAUAUGUGAUGUAAAUGCAAUACGUAAUAAUAAUAAACCUGUUAUUUAAAAAAAAAUCCACCAACCAAUAUUCUCCAUGUAUAAGCACACAGGUAGAGACACUGUUGAACCGCCUUGGUUCCUCUAGGUCCAGCUCCAUAUUCAGACUUUGGGAUUUCCUGUUCUCCCUUCCCCAGGCCUGGAGUGGGUGCCCACCAAGCAUCGUGCCACGGUGGUGGCCACACAGAGUUACAGCAGCACAGCUGGGCAGGUGCUCCUUGCCGGCCUGGCCUAUGGCCUCCGCGACUGGCGCUGGCUGCAGCUGGCCAUCUCCGCCCCGUUUUUUGUCUUCUUCGCCUACUCUUGGUGAGUUUGGGGUCCCAACCCCUGUAGCUGAAAUGGAGAAGGGGAAUGAAGAGCAAAAGAGCACAGGAGCUAGGCUGUAUCAACAGAAGUCGAAUGUCCAGAUCAAGGGAAGUCAUAUUACCACUUAUUCUGCCUUGGUCAGACCCCACCUGGAGUCCUGUGUCCAGUUCUAGGCACCACAAUUUAAGAAGGAUGUUGACAAGAUAGAAGGUGUGCAGAGGAGGGCGACCAAGAUAACAAAUGGUCUGAAAACCAAGCCUUAAUGGAGGAGAACGGUUAAGUGAGUUGGGGGUGUUUAGCCUGGAGGAGAGGAGAUGGAGAGGCGAUGGGAUAGCCAUCUUCAAAUAUCUGAAGGGCUGUCACACAGAAAGUGGGGAAGGCUUUUUUUCUGCUGUCAAUACAUAUAAAUGAAUAGAUGGCCAGUUUCAAGCAAGUCCUGGGAUUCUUCCUCAGGUGGCUACCAGAAUCAGCCCGGUGGCUCCUUAUGAACAAUGAGCGGGAGGCCGCCCUCCACAACCUGAAGCGUGUGGCCAAGAUCAAUGGGAAGGCGGCUACAGGGGAGGCCGUGGUUCUGGAGGUGAGUGAAGACCCUCGGUCAUCUUUGGUUGCAGCAUGACCCACUGCCAAGGGUCAGUCUGGCAGCUGAGCGUUCAUGGGUCCUGGUGGAAAUACGUUUUGGGCACACACCCUACUGUGUUAGUGGCACACAACAUUUGUGUGUGGCUUUGGCAGCUACUGGGCACCAUACUCAGAAAUGCAGUGGACCCACCUUCCCAGAACAGCCUUGGGUCCCAGACCAUUGUCUUAGAUCGCUGGGGAUGAAGGGUUUUGUAGUCCAACCACAUCUGGGAACCCAAGGCUGAAGAUGAACACUGGCCUAGGAGAUGGGAAAGGAGAGAGGGGAAGAUCAAAGAUCACCCCAUAGAUCUUUAGUUGCUGACAGUCCUGAAAAGUGGGGCAGGGUCACUGAGAGUGGGUUUGGGCCCUAGUGAAUGUUUUCCAAGGUCCGCCAGCAAGGUUGGACCAACUAAGAAUCUUUACAGGGGAUAGAAAAUAAAAUGUGUGUUCACAGUUUCUAUGAUAAUACUUAUUGUUACAUGCCUCCUCAAUCCCUCAGCAGUGUGAGCACUGCUGGAUUUACGUAUAAGCUAAACAAGCUAUAGCUUAGGGCCCCACUCUCUUGACCCCCCCCCAUAUACUUCUUCAUAAUUGUAUUUAACUAUUAAUAUACUUCUUCUUAAUUGUAUUUCAGUUCAACAAUUACUUUGAUAAAAUACAGAUUGUGUUAUAUUCAAAUGGCUUUAGAUACCUAUUUGGUCCAUAAAUUGCCAUAUAGCAUAUACUCAACACAAAAAGAGCAACAAUUUGUUGUUGACAAAGGACAGCUGUACAUAUAAAGGGCCCCAUUACCUUCAGUAGUUUAGGGCCUCAUCAAACCUAAAUCCGGCCCUGGGUGUGAGAUUCCAGGGGUCUUGGUCCUUACCCAGGGUUCCUUUUUCCCUUGGAAAUGAGGCACAGCAGAGACUCUGGUGUCUCAGGCAUCACAUCCUCUUCCCCCUACCCGGUGCACUGAGAUUUCUUGCUUUCCGUUCCUCCUCAGAUGUUGGAGACCGAAGUGGCGAACAGCACUUCAAAGAGGGGCUCCCACUCCUGCUUGGACCUCUUCCGCACUCCGACCCUGAGACGCAUCUCUUGCUGCCUCAUGUUGAUAAGGUACCCCAAGAGGCUCCCAGAAUGGGCUGGGGCAAAAAAAAACAACAGGUGGGGUAGGGGGCAGAAGCAGCUACAGAAGAGGGGUGGGCAGCCUCAGGCCAUGUGUAGGCAUCAGGACUCCCCCUCUCCCAGCUUGAAUAUGUCCCUGAUCUGUGAUGAUGCCUUUUACAUCCAUGGAUGGAGAAAUGGGAGGAACCUCUGGUCUUGGCAUGGCUGCAAUGCAGCCCCCUAUACAAAAAUAAUAGCCACAUCCAACUGGCCUGCCCACUUUUGCCUCCAGCCCUGCCUACAAACAAACUGCAUGUGGACCCCAAAGGGGUGCUUACAGGGGGAUGCAGACCUUGGGAGGUCCUCCACCACUGAUGUAGAAUGAGAGGACUAGAUCUCCCAAAGGUCCACUGCAUAUCUCCGGCGACUCUGCCAGAAUGCUGUCUUAUCUCAAUGCAAGGGGUGAGCCUCCUUCUGACCCCCUCCCUCCUCCUCCCCACACAGCUUCUCCAUCAACCUGGCCUACUUUGGCCUCUCCAUGGACCUCUCUGUCUUUGGCCUGGAUGUCUUUGUGGUCCAGCUCUUCUUCGGGACCAUUGACCUGCUGGCCAAGAUGGGCUGCGCCCUUUUGCUGGCAUUCUUCGGCCGAAGAACCAUCCAGAGCCUCUCCCUCAUCCUGGCUGGAGUUUUCCUCUUGCUCACCCUCGCGGUACCCUCUGGUAAGGAGCAACCUGUGGCUGAAGGGGCUGGGUGUGAGCCCCCCCCAUUGACCCUUGGGGAGGCCUCUUCUGGAGCAGUCAGUUCACAGCUGAGAUGUUCCAGGACAGGAUGCUGCAGCAAGAGCCUCUGAAAAACCAUGGGGUUGGCUUUCCCACCCUGUGCAAGCUGGGGGACAGAGAUUUGGCUACCAGAGAGUGGGGUUAGGGGUCUGGGGUGGGGGUCCGUGUGCCCACCGCUACCACACCGUACAAUUGGGGUGUGUCUUCCUGUGAGGAUGGAGCAAGAAUUCUGACUCGCUUGAUUCAGAUUCCUGUGGGGGUCCCUUCCAACUCUAGAAUCAUGAUUCUAACCUAUUUUUCCUCUUCUCCCCCCUAUUUGUUUCUAGAAAUGUUGACAGGCCGCCUGGCCCUUGUGGUGCUGGGGAAAGGCUGCCUGGCGGCCUCCUCCAUGUGCCUGUAUCUCUAUGGCGGGGAGCUUUUCCCAACUGUCGUGAGGUGAGCUCAGCACUGGGCAAGGAUGAAAAAAGUGUGUGCAUGUGUGAACUGGAUGUUGACCCUGGGAAAUUGUGGCUGCCCCUUAGAAUCUGCUCCUGCUCCCUGUUUUAUUAGAGUAUCAGCCUUGGACAGGGGAGGCCCCUCCUCCAACCUCCACACAGCCUUCCUGGGUGACCUUGGGUUAAUCGCCACAUCUCAGCCUAAUGUACCUCACAAAGGACAAAGACAGGUGGAAGAGAACCAUGUGUGCUACCUUUAGAUUUGUGGAGGAGAGGAUGGUUAUAAAUGUACUCAGCAUUUUUUUGAGUAAAAAACGACAGCGGGGUACUGGUACUCAGAUAUUGACAAAAACCAAGGGUGCCACCAUAAAAUGGCUGCCACGGGCAGCAAAAAAAGAGACACAGGGACACAAAGUGGUGUUGUCCAAACCCCUGAAAUUGGAUCGGUUUGUAUGAAUGCUGGUACUCUGUACAGUUCUGAAUACUGGCAGAAAAAAGGCCUCUGAUGUAUUUAAAAACAAUUUUAAUCAUAAUUUUAUUAUUUGUACCCUGCUCAUCUGGCUGCGUUGCCCCAGCCACUCUGGGCAGCUUCCGACAUGUAGAAAAACAUCAAACAUUAAAAACCUCCCUAUACAGGGAUGCCUUCAGAUGCCUUCUAAAAGUUGUAUAGAAUAAUAAUAAUAAUAAUAAUAAUAAUAAUAAUAAUAUCAGGGGUAAGAUGGCGAAUCCAUGAAAAGGGAUGUUACUCAACCCUAGCCAUGAGAAAGUGUUGGUUGUUUUUAUUUUUAUUACAUAUUUUGUGGUUUCAUAUCUUGAUUUUGUUCUGUGACACCCCCGGGUAUAGGGCGGUAUAUAAAUUCUAAUCAUCAUCAUCAUCAUCUAUUUCUGAUAUGUGCAUGUCAAAGCAUUGCAGGCAGAGAGCCUCAAGUCCCAGGAGAGGCGGGUGCUCUGUCAGAUCUUACCCCUGCUCUUUUCCUUGGCAGGCAAACAGGCACCAGCUUCACCAUGGUGAUGGCCCGUCUGGGUGGCAUCGUAGCCCCAGGGGUGCUGACGGCCGGCGACUUCCAGCCCUUCUUGCCCCUGGUGAUAUUUGGCAUCACUCCCAUAGUCUCCGGCCUUGCCGCUGGUUUCCUUCCCGAGAUACACAACCUCCCCCUCCUGGAUACGGUAGAAGAAGUGGAAGAAAGGUGGGUCUUGUUUUCUUUCCUCUAGGUUUGUGUGGGGGUGUCUAGUGCCACCACCCACUUCUUCCCAUAAACCAGUGCCUCUCUACCCUACCCUAGGCAGAAAGCAUUAUUCAGAAUAGCCGACCCCGUAAAGAAGAUAGCAACGCAAUAAAAUUCAAAGUAGUAACAAUUGCACGUUUAUUCAAAAUCCAAUUAAAAUUAUUUGGUUUAAUUAAUUCAACAAAAUGGAUGGACUUGAUCCAGUGAUGCCAACUUUUUGAAAUCUGAUACUUGCCUCCUGCGCCUCACCCCCCACUGCCCUCUUAGUGCCUCUCUAGGUAAUUCCACUGCCCCCCAGCAGUUUCAUGGAGGACAGACCUGUUAAUGGCUGCAAGCCAUGAUGUCUCAGCUCUGUCUCCACAAUCAAGAGGCGGCAAUGCUUUUGAGUUUGCUGGAAGCCACAGGAGGGGAGAAAGCUCUUGUGCUUGGAUCCUGCUUGCAGGUUUCCCACGGGCAUCUGGUGGGCCGCUGUGAGAACAGGAUGCUGGACUAGAUGGGCCCCCUUUGGCCAGAUCCAGCAGGCUCUUAAGUUCUUAGUUUGAGAAAGAAAGAAAAUCCAAGGCCAUUGAUGUACAGUACAAGACAAUAUCCUUUUACAGCAAUAAUUGUAUCAAUAUACAGCCGGACAAAAUGUUUCUCUGUGUAUACUGUUAAACACUAAUCAAUUUCUCAAAAGCUUUCUACCCCCACACCUGUUCUCACAAUCUUUCCCUUUCACCAACCACCACACCUUUAAUAGGGCUUUCUUCUUUCUUUGUUACACAUCCUUAUGCACAACAGCCAGUAUUAGCCAAACACACCAGUCUUAGUAACAAUCAUAAUAGCAGCUGACAACAAAUAAUAAUAAUCAUCAUCAAAGCCCCUCUCCCUUCUUCCUAUGGUGGAGAAAGCUUGUUGUUUUAUCAACCUUGAACAUCCAAUCUGGAGGAAGAGUCCUAUGUGACACAAAAGCUGGUGCUCUACACUUCAAUGAGCAGUUAAUGGGAAUAAAAUGUGCUAUCUCGCCUCCCUCCUGUUCCCCACAGCUGCUUCUGUGGGGCCAAAUGCAGCUGCUUUGGUCUCUUCCGAUUUUCCGAUCACAUGCUCUUUCCUGUCUCAUUUCAAAAUGAUUUUCUCUCCCUCUCCCCGCGCCUCACUUUAACAUCCUUCCUUCAUGCGCAUCGAGCUCAGCUCUGUUCAUAUUCUAUUCCCUUCCCAAAAGGCUGCAUUUUCCCAUCUCCUCUUCCUCUAACCAAUAGGAGUAUCUGCUUUUAAUACUGUUGAAUGUCAUGUUCCUAGAGCCAGACGGAAAUCCAAAGCAGUUCUCAAGGAGACGCAGGAGAAGAGCAGGGCUCAAGUCGUCUGGUCGACAUACUUCUGAGCUUCAGAUGUACGAGAAACAGGAUCAUUCUCUGGGAGCCAGCCUGGGCAGGCAGAGCAACAUUCCCUACUGGAGCUCAGCCUCUUUUGAGGGACUCUGUAGUGCAUGGGACAAUUAGGCUGUGGACAUCCAUAUCCCAGAGAGAAAUGGAACCUUGAGGAACACCUUCCUGCCUCCUUGCCCACCUGUGCAAGUGAGCUCACCGCCUGAGGGCCUCCUCCGAGUGCUUCCUCCAUCUGAAGUGUGAUGGGAGGCGACUGGAGGAAGGACCUUCUCAGUGGUGGCCGCUCAUUGAUGGAAUCCUCUCCCCAGGGAGGCCUGCUAAGCCCCUGCUUUGUAACCUUUGUGGUGCCAAGCAAAUACCUCCCCAGAGAGCCAGUGUGGUGUAGUGGUUAAGAGCAGUAAACUCGUAAUCUGGUGAACCGGGUUCGUGUCUCCACUCUUCCACAUGUAGCUGCUAUGUGACCUUGGGCUAGUCACACUUCUUUGAAGUCUCUCAGCCCCACUCACCUCACAGAGUGUUUGUUGUGGGAGAGGAAGGGAAAGGAGAAUGUUAGCCGCUUUGAGACUCCUUCGGGUAGUGAUAAAGCGGGAUAUCAAAUCCAAACUCUUCUUCUUCUUCUUCACUCCAGCUUUUUAAAACUUUCAACGGUGAUGCUAUUGCUGCCAGUUUUAUGGUUUGUAUUUAAAGAUAAUAAUGAUUCAGCAAGCAUCAAAGCGGGCACUCUGCCUUUCUCUCACAUACACUCCCCUUGUCAUAACCAGCCCUGCCCGACUAUUUCUCCAUCUUGGUUGCCAGACCACCUUUUUGUCGUUGGUUGGACAGAAAGUUGGAUGUGGAAAUUGCAGAGACUGGGAUGAAUUUUCUCAGUCUGGGAUUCGAGAGACUGGUGGGAUGGGAGGUGUGACUUAUCCCCUAAACUGACAGAUGGAUGGAAACGCCGCUGGAACAACCUCAAGACUCUACACAUACCUGCCUGUGGGAGACAAAUCUCAGAGGAAUACAAGAAGAGAGGCCUCCCCCCUGGGUUGACAGAUUAGCCUGCCUUUCUUGACUUGCUUGCACGACUGCUCUGCACAGGGGCUUUGCUUCCAGAACAAGUCCUGAGCAUUAUUUAUUUUGUGUCUAUUGAUAGUUGAUUGUUAAUAAAUAAACAGUUGCAUUUCUUACCUGGUGGUGAUGCCGAGUUCUUGGGAAAGCAUAAAAUUGGGGAACUACAGAGCAUUAGAGCUGAGAAACAUUAAACACUGAUGCUCUUUCCACAAUGGACAUUUGCCGUGGAAUAGUCACACUUUGUAUACUCCCUUUUUACAGGGCAUCUGCACGACAUCAUGAACCAAGCAUAUCCCUCUCACGUUUUCAGUUCUCCCUCCUCACUGAGCUCAGAAAAUCUGACUAGUUAUGGCCCACAUAGAUUGCUCUAGACAUUUCUCUCUCUGUGGUCUGUUUCUUCUUUCUAGGAAUCAGCUCUGUCACUUAACCCCUUCACUUUCCAAACAAUAUCAGGGGUCAGGGAUUCAUGACUGGGAGUACUUAACACAAUGGUUGCCCAAUGAAAAUCAGGGUCCUCCCCCCCCCCAACAUUUGGGGCUGGGGAAAUAUUGGCUACAAAAUGUUAUUUGGGUUCCAGAAGUCUGGAAGCAGAGCUGCUAUUCCAUUUAUAGUUUAAAGCAGAUUAGCAAGGAUUAGGCGCUGCUAAAUUGUGGUGUGUGAAAGGCUCCUUUGUAAGUUUCACCUGCUGAGCAGUAUGAGUCCCUUAUCUCAGGUGUCCUCAGUAAGACAGUACUGGAAGACAGUAGCCAAAGGUAGCAAUGCAGAACCCUGUUCAUACCUCUAAACAAAAGAAAAAGAGGAGCUGCAGAACUGAAGGGAAGCACAUGUCCUCUGCCACUGGUCAGUGGCACAAAGCCCACGCAGAAGGAUGCUUCCCUCACUGCCCAGGAGGAACAUUAAGGCAAUGAUGGGACCAGUAUGACCUCAUCCACUAGCCAGAGAAGGAGCAGGGAGCAACUGGCCUCCCCUCUCCAUGCAAUCCCUGCCACAAAGAACACUUACAUCUAACACCCAUUUUCCUCUACCUUCCUUGUUCCUUGUAUGUUUCUUCUAUUAGACUGGGAGUCAGUAGCCAAGUCCUGUCUUGGCUUUUAAUAUCUGUAGAGAGCUUCAAAAAUUUUAGGUGCUUUAUAAAAAUUAAAUACUGCUAUCACGGGAGGGGGGGGUGGCUAGCUGGAAAGCUAAAUGGUGUCCUAAUUCUGUGUCUCUGAUUGCCUUGGGACAAAAUCUAAGCAGAGUGGAUCCUAUUGACGUCCAAACAAGAAGUUUUAUACAGUCUCAUCAGGGUGAUGAUCCAAGGAAUAUGGGGACCAAAAAGCAAAUCUGCAAGGUUAGAUCUUCAGGAAGACAUAGACAGAGCUCUGU